UGUCUGCGAUACACAUUAUACGCUAUUGCUGAUCGGAUUUCUGUUGAUAUCUUUUCGAAAAGUUUUUUGGUUUUUGAAGGAUUAUAAAACAUUUUUUCAAGUUGUUCAUCACGCAUUGCUGAAAUUCUUGAAGGAAACCAUGAGUAUCUCAUAGCCUUGGCGCUUGUCCUUGAAGCCAAAUUAAAUUCUUUGGCGUUGUUCCAUGUGCAAAGCACGUGAGCUGUCAUAAUGGUAUUGCAUCAUGUUAAAUUACUUGGCGCGUUAUUGUGAUGUACUUCCCAAGUGUUCAAGAAAAAGAUUAGUUUUCGUCAUAACGGUUGCUAGUUUGAACUAUGAGCUCCUUCUAUCAGAUGUGGCUUUCUUCAUGUAAUGUGCAGACAGGACUGUAAACUAUGGGAAAUUGCUACCCACGGCUGAAAACUAUCAAGAACCUAUCCAAGUUGAAAACCAUUAUUAAAUCUGCAGUUUUGGACAAAACCUAAUUAUCAAUGAUUGCUUAUCUCGCCAUUUCUUUUAUCGCUAUUUUCCUUAGUCCAUAGUGUUAAUAAUUAUAAAUUGGUAUUUAGUCCUUCAUCAGAAACGUCAGAUUUUAAAAACUUGUUAAAAUUAACGGUUUGCAUUAUUCCUAUUAAAUUUUUUCAUCAGAAUUAAGUUUUAUUUGAUCCCUAGUCUAAAUGGCAUCGAUUUCUCGUUCUGAGAGCUUUGAUUACUUAAUAUAGUCCUUUCACUUUUCUUGCUGUUUGAGGUUCAGUAAAAAGUUCAAUGCUGUCAGCCAAUUUUGCUAAAAAUCUUCCUGCCUUGAUUGAACCAGAAUUUUAUUCGCAUUAUCACCCAUCAUCAUCAUUGCCGUUUUUUAUUGAGUGAGAUUGAUUUUACAUCAUGAACGAAACAAACUUUGACGUUUUGUGAUCUUCAUUUUUACCUUUCCCAAUUUCACCUUUUGGCAAAGAUAUACACUGAGUCUUAAGAUUGUGUUAUUGCAACCCAGAACUGUCCAUGUUGUCUCCUGGCGUCUCCAGCAUCCGGGCUCUUACGGACCUAUGAUCUGUGUCGGAGGGGAGGCAUGGUUGUGGAAGUCAUUUUCCGCAAAGUGAAACGUUUUGGUUCCAGUGCAGUUCAGAAAUGUUGUCUCUCCCACCGACUGCCCAUUCGCAAGUGGUGGCUGUCAGCCUGCUUGCUGAGCCUUGUUUCCUUUCUUGUCUGCGCUUACUACAUCACCCAUAUUCAACUUAAUAGCAUGAUGAAAGUUCCUAAAGAACUCACUUUCCGGUGUAAAUCUUCCUUAGAUAGAACUCUUGACAACUCCAAAAUGGGAUAUGGUUUUCCUGCAACUAAUGUGCAUGCAUCAAGUGCAAGGCUGCGACUUGAUGCUAAAGUACUUGUCUUUGUUGAAACGCAAUACUCCCAUUUAGGACGCCAAAUAUCAGAAAUAUUGGAAGCUUCUAGAAUCAAAUUUAAAUUAGAAAUAGCUGGAAAAAGUUUACCUCUCCUAACAAAUUUGGAUAAAGGAAAAUUCGCUGUUUUGGUGUUUGAAAAUAUUGAAAAAUAUUUGCAUAUGAACAAAUGGAACAGAGAGCUUCUUGAUAAAUACUGCAGGGAAUACAAUGUUGGAAUCAUUGGAUUCACUAAAGCUCAGGAAGAAACUUAUGUUGGAGCGCAACUAAAAGGAUUUCCUCUUUAUGUUCACACAAACAUGGCACUUCGUGAUUACCAUUUGAAUGGAGAUUCAACAGUUCUGCGCUUAACUCGUGCUGGUGAAGUUUUCUAUGGCAACAUUCCAGGCUCGGAUUGGACAGUUUUCCAGCCAAAUCAUUCAACAUAUGAAGCUCUUGCAUCGGCGCGCUCACAAACCUUUCAACCUUACCUAGCUGCUAAAGGAAUUGACCCAUUGCUAACCACUGUUGUUCAUGAUCAUGGAACCUAUGAUGGAAUAUCCCGUGUCCUCUUUGGAAGUGGUUUUCAACUGUGGAUUCACAGGCUGCUAUUUUUGGAUGCCAUUUCCUUCCUUUCUCAUGGAAAAUUGAGUCUUCCUCUUCAAAGGUUUAUCCUCAUUGACAUUGAUGAUAUAUUUGUUGGUGAGAAGGCCACUAGAAUGAAACCAGCUGAUGUUACAGCCUUAAUGAAUGCUCAAGGGAGAAUCAAAAGAACCGUACCUGGUUUCCGAUUCAAUUUGGGGUUCUCUGGAAAGUUCUAUCAUAAAGGCACAUCAGAAGAAAACACUGGAGAUGAUAUGCUAAUUGAGCAUGCUGAUGAAUUUUGGUGGUUUUGUCACAUGUGGAGUCAUAGCCAACCUCAUUUGUUUGAAAAUGUAACAGCACUUGAAAUGGAAAUGAAACUGAAUCGAGAAUUUGCUAAGAAACAUGGCAUUCCACUAGACUCAGGUUAUUCAGUUGCCCCUCAUCACUCUGGUGUUUAUCCUGUCCAUGAACCUUUGUAUGAAGCUUGGAAGAGAGUUUGGAAUGUACGAGUAACCAGCACUGAAGAGUAUCCUCAUUUAAGACCAGCUAGGUUGAGAAGAGGUUUCAUUCAUAGAAAUAUAAUGGUUCUACCCAGACAAACAUGUGGCCUCUAUACUCAUACUAUAUUUUUAGACAAGUACCCUGGUGGACCAGAAAAAUUGGAACUCAGUAUUAAAGGAGGAGAACUCUUUCACACAUUUGUAUAUAAUCCGAUCAAUGUAUUCAUGACUCAUUUGUCUAAUUAUGGCAAUGAUCGCUUAGCAUUAUAUACUUUUGAAUCAGUUAUUAAGUUUGUUCAAUGCUGGACUAAUCUACAGUUAGUGACUUUACCUCCACUACAAUUAGCUGAUAAAUAUUUCCAAACUUAUCCAGAGGAAUCAGAUCCUUUAUGGAUGAAUCCUUGCAACGAUAAACGGCACAGAGCAAUAUGGUCUGCAGCAAAAUCAUGUGAGCAACUGCCAAAAUUUCUUGUUAUUGGUCCUCAGAAAACAGGUACAACUGCAUUAUAUACCUUUCUGUCGAUGCAUCCUGCCAUUGUAAGUAAUUAUCCUAGCCCUGAGACAUUUGAAGAAGUGCAAUUUUUUAAUGGAAGAAAUUAUUACAAAGGUUUAGACUGGUAUAUGAAUUUUUUCCCCGUACCAAAGAAUUCCACAGAUAAAUACCUAUUUGAAAAAAGUGCUACAUACUUUGAUGGUGAUUUGGUCCCAAUGAGAGCACAUGCUCUGCUUCCAACAGCUAAACUUAUUACCAUAUUGAUUAGUCCUAUUAAGCGAGCAUAUUCUUGGUAUCAGCAUAUGCGAGCUCAUAAAGACCCAGCAGCUUUGAAUUACAGUUUUCAAGAACUUGUUACCACCGGUGACAGGGGACAUCGAAGUUUAAGAGAACUUAGAAAUCGCUGUCUCUUGCCUGGAAUGUAUGCUCAACACUUAGAUAGGUGGUUGUCAUUUUAUUCUCCCCAACAGUUACUUAUUAUUGAUGGAGAAGAGCUAAAAUCAGAUCCGGUAGCUGUUAUGAGCAGAGUGCAGCAGUUCCUGAAAAUCAAACCUUUCUUGAAUUACAAAGAUCAUUUGAGGUAUGAUCCCAAGAAAGGUUUUUUCUGCCAAGUUAGCCAGGAACAUAACAAUACCAAGUGCCUAGGAAGGAGUAAAGGACGACAAUAUCCACCAAUGGAUUUUCAAACUGAGAAGUUCCUGAAAGCUUUCUAUCUUCCCCACAAUAUUGCUCUUUCAAAACUGCUCACCAAACUUAGACAACCCAUACCUCUAUGGCUAGAAAAAGAUUUGUCCCAUGGAUCGUAACUUCUAAGCUUUGGGUGUUUCUAAAAGAGUGAUAUAUAGUGUGCAUUAAUGCAUGUUUAUAAGUGGGAGAGAAUGACUGACGUGUAUUGUGUACUUUUCUCCUUUUGUUCAUUGGUUAUAUGAUGUGUUCUAUUGAAAAAAAGGCUAAAGAUUAUUAAUCGAAUGGUAUUCUUUGGAGAUAGAAGGAAUUUGUUCAUACAUUAGAAAUCGUAACAUGGACAAUCUUAUCGUUCAUGAAUCAUGGUUUUGACAAAUUCAAAUCACAUUAUCAUAAAGCUUAAAUCAUAAUGUAAGAUUCAUUAAUUUUAAGAAAAUGACUGUCACAUGUGUUUAUUAUGAAGUUAUAUAUAUUUUUAAAUAGUGAAUGUUCAUUAUCUUUAAAAUCUUCUGUGCAAAACAUUGAAAUGCAUUGAUAAUCAAAAAGGUCCAAAAUGCAGUAAAAAAGUUAAAGUUUUAAUAAAAUGUAGUAUUCUUUUACUUUUAACAUUGCUCAGUGUGCCAUUGAAUUUUUUAAACUUUAUGUAGGAGCCAAAUAGCAAUUCAAUUAUGCUAGUCAUGUUUUAUUAAAAUUUAUAUUGUUCUUAAAACACUCUAAUAUUGUAGUCAAUUUAUAAGUGGUUCAUUUAUUUUACUAUAAGACUGAUGUCCUAAUUAGGGUGGAACUGCUUCAAUAUUUUUUAAAAGGAUUUUGUCUCAUUUCUUCAUUUUUUAAAAUUUUACAUAGGUGAAUAAUUUGCGUCAAAGAAUUUAGCAGUUGUUCAUAAUCAUUUGUAAUCGUCUAAUGAUAAUAAUUGUUGAUAUUUAAGACUCAAUAUUGGAAACGUUAAAUGAAUCAAUUUUCCUCUCAAUCACAAGCACAUAUAUUUGUUUCAAUUUUUCUGCCGUGUACAUUCAUGAAUUAUGUAAAAUUAUUCUUCUCAUGCUUAUGUAAGAAAACUGCCAAAGAAAUGUUUUGAUUGUGUUUAGUUGCUGUACAGCGAUUUGGUCAUAAUUUUUUAAUCUGGCAGGCAGUAUGAAUUGUGCUAGUAAUGUCAAAUGUAUCAAAUUUACAAUGGUUGGGAUCAAACUUUUGCAUUUUAAUUCUUUAAGUCAUAGUGUGAAUAAGCAUAUUUAAUGCAAAAAAAAUACUUUAAUUUUUAAAGUGUUACUUUUCAACCUCAUUUUAUCAUCACAAUUUCAUUACGAAGGUAUUCCUUACUUAGUAAAGGUUAAAAUUGCUACAGAUUUUAACAGUAAUUGCUGAAUUUUUUUCAUUUUACAAACAAAAACCAAGGCAGUUCAUAGGGUUCUGUGGAUAAUAUCUUUGUGUGUUAGAGGAAAUAUUCAUUAAAUUUGCUUUCUACACAUUGCAUUCUUUCUAUUUUUGUCUUGGUUAGUUAUUAAGUAGUCGAGAAAGGAAGUUGUAUGUAAAUAUUUUACAAUCCGUUUAUUAUGCAAAUUACCAGAGCUGUUUAAAAGUUUUGCACAGAAUGUUUUUAUGAGAGAAAAUUGUGUUCAUUUAUGUAUAAUGAAUACAUUUAUUCAGGGUUUGACAUUUUCCUAAGAGUUUUAAUGCCAUAUAUGAAAUAUGUUUUAUUUUAUUUAUGACUUUUGAUUGGUGAACCAUUGUGUGUCACUCAUCAUUAUUCUACUGAUUUAUGAUGCAGGAUAUUUUAAUUGGUGCUGACAAUAUAUGUUCCUUUCUUCUCAAUAGUGCUGAUUACUUUUUAUGUAAUCGGCAAUUACUCCAAGCCUGAUUAUAUUCAGUAAAACCCCUCCUAACGACCCCUCUUAUGCCGCCAAUUUUUUAAUUCCCCGGUUCAAGGCAAAUAACAUCAUUAAACCCCUCUCCUGCAGACACCCCUCUAUUGGGGCCCAAAAAAUUGUCCCAUUAGCGUCCGCAUUAGAGGGAUUUUACUGUAUAAGGAUGUUGUAAAUAGAAAAUUGUAAUAUAUUAUAUGUUGUUCUGGUGUAAGAAAUGUAGCAGCUAUGGAGUCAUAAAAGAUGUAACCAAGAUAAGUAAUUAUUUAUUUAUUUUAGUUUUUUGUCUUGAGGUUAGUAAGAAAAGGCAAAUUUUGUUCUGUAUAAAUUUAAACAGUUGUUCCUGUAGCAUUGAAAAAUGUCUGCCAUUUAUACAGUGGAUUAUUACGUAAUCAAAAGGUGAAAAUUGUACAUUUUACAAAGUGCCUCAUAAGUUGAAAACUCAUUUGUGAUGAAAACAUUUUCGUUUUUAUUUUUUAUGAAUCAAGAUUGUUUUGUAAAACUAUUGUAAUUUAAAAUGUACUGAACAAAUAUUGUCAGUGCCAACUAAGAAAGUGUGUAGUUUCUUUUUAGUGUUGCAAGCGCUAUUUUAAAGAAAUGUCCUUAAUUUUACUAAUUCUUAAGACCUGUGCAGUUUGUAUUGUGCAGUAGAAAAUAUGCUUUCUGUGAAAGCUGUAUUUACUGUGAUGUCUCAUAAAAUGAGUAUGGAAAUUAGGCCAUCGAUUUGGCUUUGGUGUUCAGUCAUGUUUGUAAAUUUUUCAAAUUUAUUGCACAAUCAUGAUGCAUUAUUUUCGCAGCUAAUAAAUAUCACAUUGUUAAAAGUAUAUUUAGAUGCUCGCAUGUAAGAUCAAACAUCUGUAAAGAGUUUUAAUAAGCCCAUUCAGAGAGAUUUAAAAAAGGUAUUAAUGAAUAGAGAAAACAAUAUAUGAAUUGUACUUACCAUAUUAAUGUCCUUAAUUCCCCUCCCCCCCCCCUUUUUUUGUUAGUGUUGAUAAUAAAAACUAUGUGAAAUAUCUGUUCAUUCAUUUCUCUUAAUUUUCUGUUCUGUGUGUUUAUUUGUUAUUUGAAUUUAAAAUAUAAUUCCUGAAAAAUAAACCAUUUUAAAAUGUAGUUUUAUCACAUGUACUUAAGAUUCAUAAUUUUCUGAAAAAGAAAGGUUAUAUUUGGUUUAAAUAUAUUUUUCAAUGAUUUGGCAGC